AUGACACCAAGAAUUCUCCGCCGUGCUCCAUCUGAAUCGACACUUCAUAAAAAGAACAUGGAGCUUCGUCAGGAUAAGCUGGCUCUUCAGGAGCAAAUCCGAGUGCUUGAGAAAGAGGCAGCGAAUCGUAUCGAUUGGUUGGAGAGAAAGUAUGAUGACCUCGCUUUGGAAUAUCAAAAUCAGGCGGAGUCAUUGCAAAGAAAAGAUAAGGAGCUUGAGGAAAGAGAUAUGCUAAUCGAAAGACUACUUCGGGAGAAGGGCCAGAGCAAAAAUGGACACCUGUCUCCUUCCAUUCCCAACGGUGCCUUCCCAACUUUCGAAGAUGCCGUCAAGUACGUCAAGGUCCGUUUCCCGCUGCCACAGAUCGAGAAAGUUGACGGAAAAGCAUGGGAAGAUAUUGAUAAGGACGAAAAAUUUGAAUGGCGGAUGAGAUGCAAGCAAAUCGCCAGAAUUCAAAGAGCUCAAGUCGAAGCGGGACUCAUCUACCACUCAGAAUUUCAAUACUUCAACAUGAUCAACCAACGCGUAAACCUUCCAAAUGGCGGAGCUCGUCGUCUCCCGCAUGUUCAACGAGUUGCUCCGACGGCAUCCCACCCUCCAAUGGUCUAUAAAAUUCAUCCGGAUCAAGUGUGGCCAACAUUGAAAGCCGAGAAUCGGAAGAACCGAGAACUUCAAAAUAAGGUCACAGAACUUCAACAGAAUCUUGACCAUUUCGAAAUGAAGGCUUCGAAUGCCACAAAGCAGCUCGAAGAGGCCGAGAAACGAAACCGUGAGCUUCAAGGAGAGCUUCAGCAGUGGAGAAGUGGAGCGAUCAAGCUUGCUUGCCACUGCGAUGGAGUAGAUCUUAACGUCUUCGAAGAUUUCGAGAUGUUCGAGGAGGAAAGGACGGAGGAGCAAGAUCAUUCUGAGAUCCCGUUCAAUGCUUCUGACCAGGAUAAUGCUCAAAUCGAUCAUUUUAACGGAGACAGAUUCAAUGCUCCAAAUGAAUCCGUCAUGCAACCGCCCAUCUAUUUGAGCUUUCAAGAUGCCGUCAGAAUCGCUAGAGAGGAAUUUCCAACGCCCUUCAUUGCAGAAUGUCGUGAUCUGUCGGUGUACCUCUUCAACGAGAAUGGCCCGGAGGAAUUGCCCCAAUCCAAGAAGCCCCUCAACAGUGCUUAUAAUUUUUACCGCGUGCAAUCUGCCCACAGUAGACAAAUUGAGUGGAAGAAGUUGACGGAAGAGGAGAUGAGAGGUUGGAUAGAGAAGUUCAAUUUGGUUCGUAUGGCGCAAGUGGCACAAUGCCGAGCAAAUUUAAUUGUUUACGAGCCAUCGGUGAACCAAAAAAAGAAGAUGAAGAAGUUGGGAUGCAGUAGCGGAGCCUGGAGCUCGGGUGUCAAGUUUCCAUGCCUUUUGAAAAUUAUGAAGGGUGUAAAACAUGAUAGAUUGAAAAUUUUGUGUUUACAGCAUUUUUAG